GUAGGAAAUUCAGUUUUCCUACCACAGACGGUACUCUUUGUUUCUGGUUGGGGAACCGUUCAUGCGAGGAGAGCAGCAAAUGGAGGGGCAAAAGGCACACGAUGCCGAUAGCCAUGGCCCAUGGCCGUACCCCAUUCUGGAUCGGACCCGUCGCUUAUCCGCCGCUCGAUUAUCAGUAGGAGGAGGAGGAGGAGGAGAGGAGAGGGAUGAGGAGGAAGGCCAGCAGCUCGAGCUCUUGUGGCGCCCAUGUGGUACCUUCCCAGCCAUCUAGCUAGCUAGGCACCUAGGCCAGGGGGGACCGAGGCAGGGACCAAGGAAACUCACCGUUCUAGUUACCCCCCAGAGCUCCUUGGUGUGCCCCACAAUGACAUGCAGUGGGAAAGCAAAGUGGUGGAUGGUGCGCCGCCGUCAACUUCCAACACCUUGUUUUUUUGCCAACCCGCCAGAAGUACCACUCCGUACCGUCUGAACUCGUCUCCACUCCUCCAACCUUGGUAGAGUCGGUCGCCAUCAUGGAUUCUUCCCCUGCACCUCGGUUUGAUAACCUGCUCAAUUUUCGGGAUGUGGGAGCUCACAUCAACUCCAUCCUGGGAGCUCGAGCUCUCCGGCCGGGUCUCCUUUUCAGGAGUGCACGACCAGACGACGCCAGUGCGCCCGACCGCGACGUCCUGGUCAACGAGUACAAGAUCAAGACCAUCAUUGACCUUCGCUCCAAAACAGAACACAUCAAUGCCGCAAAGAAACGGGCUGAAGCUGCUGUGGUGGCACAACCAGCGGUGAUGCCUUCGUCCAACGAGACCGUCGCUGCCCCGGUCCAAAUACCUGGCAUCCGAUACGCGCAAAUCAAUCUCAACGGCAAAGGCUUUGAACGGCAUCUCAUCUGGCAGCUGAAGUACACCAGCUUCGCCAAGCUGGUGUUCUUGAUGGCUUUGGGCUACCGAACAGAAGGGAUAUCGGUGCUGGGAAAGGAGUUGAUGCUACCGCGAGGGCUCGUCGGCCUGGGAAUCGACACCCUCGACCACAGCCACCCUGAGAUCAAGCAGGUGUUUGACGUUCUCGCCGAGGACACAGCAUGGCCUGUCAUGGUCAACUGCACACAAGGCAAGGACAGAACGGGAAUUAUAAUACUGCUGGUGCUGCUGUUGUGCCACAUUGAUAUGGAUGCCGUCAGCCAGGACUAUGUCAAGUCUGAAUCAGAACUCGAGCCGGAGAAAGGGGAAAGGAUGAAAGAGAUCGAAAGCAUUGGUCUUGAUGAGUCGUUUGCCAAAUGUCCGCCAGACUUCUGCGAGAAGAUUGUCCAGCACCUCGAUACCACUUAUGGCGGCCUGCCCACCUACCUGGUCCGAAUCGGCGUGGAUCCCGAGCAAGCCGAUCGUGUUCGCAGCAUUCUUAGGGUCAGUCCAUCGUAGAACAGAAUGCAACGCAUUCCGCGACACGCAGAGGAACCUCAGAGGUACUUGCCUAUUUUUCGUCGACGAGCGGGUUCAUUGAGCCCCAGCAUAUUCUCAUGACCAAAGCCAGCGCACCCAUCCGACAAGUCGUGGCUGCCACCAACAACGGACAGCGCCGUGGUACAGCUCCCACUUGCCAUGAGGACAGCUCAAGCGGAGAUGGUUGAAGCAGUACAAAGAGCUUCCUUUUGUCGGGUUCUUGGAGGGGGACACCCUUUUAUCCUGCGGUUAACUUGUACCGUGGUACAGCGAUUCAGGCUCUGUGUCGGAUGCACCCCAGAGUCUACACUUGCCCCAUCCAGGUAAUGGGGCGCCCUGCAUGAUAAAGGCUUGGUCAGCACAUUGUCGGCAGUCGAGAUACGGUGCUGACCUAUUGUCCACACCCAGACGGGAAGUCGUCGGAGAUUCUCUCUGAAGGGAAGGCUGCUAGCAGCUGCACAGUCAUUCAAGCUACUGAAGCAGGAGCGGUCAGUGAGCGGGAACGGCUAGCUGAGAGACCAAGUUUUCUACGUCGCAUUACUUAUCAACAGCUAGGCUCUAGGAAAAGCUCUGGAGGAAGCGAGGUCAGAUUGACCGAUGCUUUGGUAAGAUGAAGUCUGAGCAUUGUGGUUGGAUCAGCUAGUAUUUCAUAUUGUACGACCGUGUCGCCGCCAAGUGCGUCUUUUUUGGAUGGUGGAAAUUCGGCAACGACAGACUCGUACUCGGUUCCCAAGAACGGGAUGAUCAGGGGAAAGUGAGAGAUGCGCGAGAGGAGCCCGAGACUAUGCCAUGUCGUCAUCUUUCUAGAGGCUCGGGAGG